AUUUAUCACUGUUACCCAAAACUUCUGCAUUCUUUUACUGUCAACUCAAUUAUUAUAAGGCCCAUUUCUGCGUUUUCUUAUAUCAAAGAAAACAACCCUUCCUCCCCGGCCCCUUUUGAAUUUCUUCCCCAAUCCCCUGUUCAUCAAUUCAACAUUUUUUUUAAUCAAAAAAAUCCAAAUAUUCUCAAUGUCUGUUUUAUUAGGAAGAGAAGGAGAAGAGAAAAUGAAAGUGAGUUGGAAUAAUAAUAAUUUAGGAGUUGCAGAAACGAUUUUCGAAGACGAAGACGAAGAUGAAGAUGAAGAUGAAGAGGAAUUAGAAUCUCUCUCUUCUCCUCUGUCUUUUCCUUUGUCUUCCCCUGCUUCUCCUCUUCAAUCUGGUGUUGAUUCUUGGACUGAAGCUACAGGGAGGAAACCAGACGUUAAAAUACGAGUACGCGGUGUAUGUUUUUACCUGCAUAAGGAAGUUCUAAAUUCAAAAAGCGGUUAUUUUAAGCGCCAAUUAACAAGAGUCUCAGAAUUCACACUCUCCCCUACGUUUAAAAUAGCGGCAAACACCUUCAAGCAAGUAGCCGAUUUUUGCUACAACAAUAACGCCGUUAUAACGCAGUUCAACAUUGUGGCCCUUAGCAUGGCAGCUCAACUUCUUGAGAUGAAUGCACAUAACGAUCAAGAAAGUCUCCUUGAGUUAACGGAGUCUUACUUCCGUGAAGUUGUUCUCGUUUACAAGACGUUGACAAAUAACGUUUUCCAUUCGUGUUUGGCUUUGCUACCUGAAGCGGAGCAAACGGCGUCUCUAGCGAGUAGGUGUAUUGAAGCAUUGUUGCAUGAUGGUGAAGGUGACGGAGCCGUUAGUUGUGCUGACGGAUUAAAGACGGUUUCACCUGAAUAUUUUAGAGUUAUUGCUGAGUCAAUGCAGAGGAGAUAUGCAACAAGUCAUGAUCUCUUGUACAGGGUUGUGGAUCUUUAUUUUCUGGUAUACAAUGGCAAGAUGUCAGAAGACCAGAAAACCCAAAUCACAAGCUGCAUAGACUGCAGCAUUCUGUCUCCCGCUCUUUUAAUGCAUGCCGUACAAAACCCACGUAUGCCUCUGCGUUUCAUAGUCCAAGCCAUGUUAAUUGAGCAGCUCAAUACUCACCGCUCUCUUUUCUCUGUUCUCAACACCGUCGGCACUCCCGCACACCACCAGCACCGCCACUCUCAGUACGACUCCCCUGCUGCGUCCACACUAGGAGUCAUCCUUCAGAGGGACGCAGCACUCGGGCAGGUGACGGAACUGCGAGCCGCAAUUGACACCACCUGUUCUAGAAUCAAAACCCUAGAGAAAGAAUUUUGUGGGAUGAAGAAGCUUCUUUUGGAAUCAGAAAGGGACAUGAAAAGGGGACCGAGCAUUCUAUUGGAUGAUCAAAGGAGGUCUUCAAGCUGUCGUUUUAAUGGAAGUGCUACUAAUAAGGUGGAGAGGGGUGAGAGAGGUUCGAUUUCGUCGAGUUUUUUAAGGUUCGGAGGGAGUGGUAGUGGUAAUGGUGGGAAGAGUAGUGAUGAGUUUUGUGAUAUGAGAAUUGGGAAUUCUUCUUGCAUUGAAAAUAAUGGUGAGAAAAAUAAUUGUAAAGUAAUUGGGAAGAAGAAUUUUGGGCGGAAAUUGAUUAGGGGAUUAAGAAAUGCUUUUAGGGUUAAUAGUAAUAGUAAAAAUAGUAAUUCUAAGCUUAAUAAGGAUGAUCAUAAUGGGAAAUCUUUUGAUGAUGAUGGGGGAAUUAUGAUCAGGGGAGUUGUUUUUGGUGAUGAAAAUCAUCAUAGGUUGAGUCGAUGAGGGAAUUAUAAUUUAUGUUUACUAAAAACUGAUUUUAGACUGUUAGUUUUUAUAUAUAGGUUAAUAACCUACUUUCUUUGAAAAUUGAUCACUGGAUUUGUAGGUACAAAAACAGUUUAUUGUUUUUUUAUGCAAGUAUAUAUUUAUGUUUUUGUUGGUUGAA